AGACAAACCAUGUGGAUGAAUAGACAACAAGAUACUCAGGGGAGGGGUUAAAAGAACAGAUAUCAGUGGAUUUCUCAUCCAAAGAGAUGUUUCUCAAUUCGAACAACAAAGUCCAUCCAAGUGACGUCAACCAACUUGGGAAUAUUACGCUUAGCAGACUCUUAACUGGCAUCCAAAAUGUGAACUCACUGGCACCCUGGAUCAGGGAUAAAAUCAACAAGAAGGAGUGCUGCUUUUACAUUGAGGAUGGCAGUGAAGGGGUGUGUAAAUGUGGCUACCAGAAGGACCAGCACACCGACGAGGCCAUCAAGCCAGAGGAGUUUAUUGGAGAGACGUGGGACCAACACAGACACACUCGAGAGGUUCCUACCGACGCCUUUGGAGAAAUUAGUUUCAGAGGGUCAGGAAAGAGGACGGCCAAGUAUGUGCGAGUGUCCCCAGACACGUCGACUGAGGUGUUGUACCAGCUGAUGACUGAACAGUGGAAGCUCCGUCCUCCCAACCUGCUCCUGUCAGUCACAGGAGGAGCCAAGAAUUUUUACAUGAAGCCCCAACUGAAAAACCUGUUCCGUCGAGGCCUCAUCAACGUGGCCCAAUCCACAGGGGCAUGGAUCGUCACAGGGGGCACCCACACGGGUGUGAUGAGGCACGUUGGCCACGCCAUGCGAGACUACACCCUCAGCAGCGCCUCCAGAAAGGGCCAGGUGGUGGCCAUUGGCGUGGCAACCUGGGGAACCAUCCACAACAGACACAAAUUGGUGCACCCACAGGGCCGUUUCCCAGCCAACUACUACAUGGAGGUAGAGAACCAGGGCCACCUGUCCUGUCUGGACAACAACCACACCCACUUCCUGCUGGUGGACAACGGGACGCAUGGGCACUACAGCGUGGAGAUUGAGCUCCGCUGCCACCUGGAGAAACUAAUCUCCCAGAAGCUCCUAGGAAACGGAGAGUCAGGAGUGAACAUUCCAGUAGUGUGUGUUGUGCUGGAUGGUGGACCAGGCACUCUAAAUACCAUCUUAAAUGUCAUGCUGAACGCCACGCCGUGUGUGGUCCUGGAGGGCUCUGGGCGCCUGGCGGAUGUCAUAUCACAGGCCGCAGGCCUGCCUCCAUCCCGGGUCACCCUAGCUUUCAUCCACCAGCUGAUGAAGAGGUUCUUCAGCUCAGAGUACGACAACUUCUCUGAGCUCGAGAUCGUCCACUGGACUAAGAAGAUUCAGGAUAUUAUCAGGAUGCCUCACCUGCUGACUGUGUUCCGCAUCAGUGAGGAAAAACAUGGGGAUUUGGACGUGGCCAUUCUCCAGGCACUGCUCAAAGCCUCCCGGAGCUGUGAACCCCCUGGUGGGGCAGGGUGGGCGGGGCAGCUAGAGCUGGCUGUGGCGUGGAACCGAGUGGACAUAGCUGAGAGUGAGAUCUUCACUGACAACAGCCAGUGGAAGUCCAAGGACCUCCACCACGCCAUGUUCUCCGCCCUGGUGGGAGGCAAGCCGGGCUUUGUGCGUCUGAUGCUAGAGAACGGCGUGUACCUGAACCAGUUCCUGGAGGAGGACAGGACCCUCUGUGAGCUCUACACCCAGAUGUCCAGCUGCCUGUUUCUGCGCAGGCUGGCCAAGCGUGUCCAGGCCGAGCGCAGACCUCUUGGGGGUCAGGGUUCAGGGGCCAGGGGAGGCAGGAAGCUCACUCUUGGGCACGUCGCGCUUGAGGUGCGCAACCUGCUGGGAAGUUUCACCCAGCCUCUCUACACCCCACCAGCCGGCACCGGUCUGGACAUAGGGAGUUUGUCUUUUACACUCCCAGGUAAGGACCUGGUGGAGCUCCACACCCCAGGAAUAGAGAGGGAGGCAAGUGAGCUCAGAGACCCAGCCAGAGACCUCUUUCUGUGGGCCAUCCUGCAAACUCAUAAAGAGCUGGCGCACAUUGCAUGGGAACAGUGUACAGACAGCAUAGCUGCAGCCCUGGCAGCUAGUAGGAUCUUAAAGAAGCUCCUGAAGGAGGGGGACGAAGGGGAGGAGGCUGUGGAGAUGAGAGAGCUGGCCAGCCAGUAUGAGAAUCACGCCAUUGGUGUGUUCAGUGAGUGUCAUAAGUGUGACAACGAACGGGCUCAGAAGUUGCUGGUUCGCGUGUCUCCGUCGUGGGGCAGAACCACCUGUCUGAGGCUGGCCCUGGAGGCUGACAACAAAAGCUUUGUGGCCCAGCCCGGAGUUCAGGGGCUGCUGACUCAGAUCUGGUGUGGGGAGCUGGCAGUGAACAACCCUGUCUGGAGGCUCCUGCUCUGCAUGCUGCUCUUCCCUCUCAUCAACACAGGCUUCCUGGUCUACAGACGGGAUGAAGCUAUCCACAGGGAGGAGGAGAGAAGUGAGGACAUGGAGACCAUGAACGGCGUAACAGGAAGUUGUGCCUUUGACAGGGGGAAGUCUCAUAUCCUAUCCUCCUCUCUCAGCGAGGCCCCGAGUCUGACAUCCAUGGAGCGUCUGAGCUGCUUGUCCCGGCUGGCCGGCUUCUACUGCUCUCCUCAGGUCAAGUUCUACUGGAACAUUGUGUCCUACUUUGUCUUCCUCUGGAUCUUCGCCAUUGUCCUCAUGAUGGACUUCUGGAGCACGCCGUCAUGGCUGGAACUGCUGCUGUAUGUGUGGAUCUUCUCGCUGGUGUGUGAGGAGGUCCGACAGCUGUUUCAUGAUCCAGACGGAAUCAGUUUCCACAAGAAAUGUCAGAUGUACAUCAACGAACACUGGAACGCUCUGGACGUUCUGUCUAUCCUCCUCUUCAUCAUCGGCCUGGGAUGUCGGCUAACCACUGUUGUGUUCUAUGCGGGGAAGGUCAUCCUGUGUAUCGACUUCAUCAUCUUCUGCCUACGUCUCAUGGCCAUCUUCACUAUCAGCAGAACUCUGGGGCCCAAGAUCAUCAUCGUCAAGAGGAUGAUGAUGGACCUGUUCUUCUUCAUGUUCCUGCUGAGUAUAUGGGUGGUGGCCUACGGCGUGGCCAAGCAGGGCAUCCUCAUCCACAACGAGGACCGGCUGGGCUGGAUCGUCCGGGGGGCCGUCUACGAACCCUACCUCAUCAUCUUCGGGAACGUGCCCACCAACAUCGACAAUACCCAGUUUGACAACGGCUCCUGCACGGUGAAUGGGGACGACCCACUGAAGCCCAGGUGCCCUGUGCUGGAUGAGAAUCAUAUGCCCAUCUUUCCAGAGUGGCUCACCAUCCUCCUGCUGUGUGUCUACCUCCUCUUCGCCAACAUACUGCUGCUCAACCUGCUCAUAGCCAUCUUCAACUAUACGUUCCAGGUGGUGCAGGACAACAGUGACACCAUCUGGAAGUUCCAGAGGUACGAGCUGAUAAAGGAGUACCACAGCCGCCCCGCAGCCCCCCCACCCUUCAUCCUGUUCAGCCACCUCUACCUGUUCAUCAGGCUACUGUUGCUCCGCAGAUCUCCCCUGCCACAGCAGGAGCUCAAGGAGGAGCUGAGUGAGAAGGAAGAGGAGAAGCUGCUGUCCUGGGAAUCCCUGAUGAAAGACAACUAUCUAAUCUCCACACGGCAGGGGCAGAGCCAGAGCACAGAGAGUCAAAUCCAGGACACGGCUAAAAAAGUUGGUACCAUGACGGAACUGCUUGAGCGGGACGACGAGUCGGAGUCCGUUGCCAUGGUGAAAAGGCUGUCCCGACUGGAAGAACAGGUGACGCAGUCUACCAAAGCCCUGCAGUGGAUCAUGAACAGCCUCCAGUCUCAGGGACAUCAGGCUACGGAUAAGGCCCCUAUCCUGGCCUCAAGUAGUUCAGUUGGGGAUUUGAUGAGCCAGGAGACAGAGAUGCCCCAGAACCACGUAAACGCCCGCCAGCUCUACUACCCUGACAGUACUAUCACCCGCUUCCCUGUCCCCGAGGAGAAGGUGUCCUGGGAGGUGGAAUUCAGUGUCUACAUGCCUCCUGUUUAUGUUGCUGUCAGUGAGGGCAUGACUGACCAAGCAAUGGUAGUGACCUUGGAUAAUUAUAGGAACCCUGGGGGAAGGACAGGAGUGAUGGGUAGAGGAGCUCUGAACAGCCUGGGCCCGAAUUUAAUACUAGACCCAGUCUUCACACGGUGGCAAGACAAUAAGAGAUCUGUACUGGAGUUUCUGGCUGUUCAGGAGAAUGAGGGCCAGUGGGCGUUACCCGGGGGUCCUGUCCAAUCAGGUGAACCCCUACCGGAAAGACUGCUGAGCAUUCUGGGCCGGACGCUUUAUGAGAAGUUAAAAGUGAAAGUGUCAGAUGGCAGAACGGUGUACGAGGGCUACGUGGAUGACUGCAGGAACACGGACAAUGCUUGGCUGGAGACAACUGUCAUCAACAUCCACCUGGACAGACAGGAGGAGCUGAUGACUGAUCUGAACUGUCUGGUUAACAGCAGUGUGUGCUCUCCUGAGGGGACUUUUCAGUGGCAGGAGGUAAGCAGCAGGACAGUGCUGUGCUCCUAUCAGAGAGAAGCUCUGAGGCAGGUCGCCAAGCUGCAUGAAAAACGCUUCUGAUGAGCCCACCACUGGAGAGGAAAUCAUCAAGACCUCUGCUAACCGACACCAAUGACAGCUGGCCAACACCAACGACUGCUAGCCAGCAUCAACAGCUGCAAGCCAAAACAAACUAGAUGAAAAUGCUGAGAGCCUACCUCAGGGUCCAUACUUUGACUGAUGAAAUCAGUCAAAUCAGUAGGGAGUCAGGUGGCUGAGCGGUGAGGGAGUUGGUCUAGUAACCUGAAGGUUGCCAGUUCGAUUCCUGGUCGG